AUGGGAGCAGGCCUGAACUAUAAUUUUGCUGUCAUAUCCACAGACACUGGCCAUAACAGCAUAUCAGCGAAUGGUACCUGGGCUUAUCACAAUGAAGGUGCUCAACUGGAUUGGGGCUACAGGGCCAUGCACGGCAGCGUCGUCUUGGGCAAGCAAUUGACAACCGCAUACUACUCCAACGACAUCCUCUACAGCUACUACAGUGGCUGCUCUACUGGUGGCAGUAAGUCUUGUUGUUCUCACUGA